UUUUUUUCUGCACUCACUCCAGCCUCUCUAUUUAUUAAUACUACAGAUGCCCUGAAGGCUCUUGUCGAGCACUUUGGUAUGCAUCCCUGGAACAGAAGUGACCAUUUACCUCAGGGGACAAAAUCAGCUCACGUUCUGCAGUUGCAUGGCAUGUUCCGAGGUAAUCACGAGGUGUUAGCCAGAUGUAAGCUGGCUCGAAUCUCUGGGACUGAUCCAAAUGCUGGGAUUACUUUACAGAUCAGUGUUCGUUCCAAGAGCUCAGAGGUCAACAGGGCUGUGGCCGACUCACUCUGCUAA